ACACUUUUUGAUUUUCACAUCCAUAACUCCCAGGAAUUUAGGGUGUGAAUUUGGGUAUUGGUAAAGUGGCUUUUCUAUGUUCUUAUUUUCUUGGAAAUUGAUUUUACAAGUAUUAUUUUACUGGGAUGCUUAUCAACAUUUUCAUUUUUUUCAAAGUGUUGACUUUAAGGUGAAAACAAUUUCAGUGGAUGGCAAUAAGGCUAAACUUGCAAUUUGGGAUACUGCUGGUCAAGAGAGGUUCAGAACAUUAACUCCCAGCUAUUAUAGAGGUGCAGAGGGUGUGAUAUUAGUUUAUGAUGUCACAAGAAGAGAUACCUUUGUCAAAUUGGAUAAUUGGUUAAAUGAAUUGAAAACAUACUGCACGAGAAAUGACGUAGUAAACAUGCUGGUUGGAAAUAAAAUUGGUAAGGUAAGAAGUCAGACACUUGGCAUUUUGACU